AUGGCCUCACCCACUCUCUCGGCGGCCCUGGUCCUGGCGUUGUGGGGUUGGGCGCCGGCUCCUGCGGGGGCCUUGGAUGCCAUGGGCCCUCAUGCCGCCGUCCGCUUGGCCGAGCUAUUAACCCCGGAGGAGUGCGGCCAUUUACGGUCACUGUUGGAGGCUCCCGAACCUGAUGUCCUGGCCGAGCUGGCCAGACUGUCCGAGGACCGGCUGGCUCAGGCGGAGCCAUGGGACGAGCUGGAGCUGAUCGUGGAGCGGCUGCCUCAGCCCCCGUACGAGCGGAGCCCCACCGGCUGGGCCGGGCCGCUGCUGCUCGGCCUCGUCUCGGGCUUCGUGGGGGCGCUGGGCACCGGGGCGCUGCUCAUUCUGCUCACGGUGUGGCUCACGGGCGGCGACGGCCCUGCCAGCCCCAGCCUGCCCGCCUCUCCCAGCGCGCAGGGCCCGUGGGAAAGAAAGCCGCUGCUGGGCUGA